GAAAAAUAUAUUAAAAUUCGUUAUUAUUUUAUUUUUGUAGGAAGUAUUUCGUGAAAAAGAAAAACGUAUUAUUAUUUUUAAAAUAUUGAUAAUUUUAUUGGUUAUUAAACUAUUCUGCUAAUGUGAAUUUUUUUAUGAUACUUGAGAAAGUUUUGAGAAGUUGUAAGAAAAAUAUUUGAGAGUAUUAAGAAUAUAUACGAAGUGAUACAAAAAAACCAUGAUUACCUUUCAAACUAUAUCUUCGGAGACAUAUAAAAAAAAUCAUGAUAAGUUCCAAAUCUAUUAUGAUUUUUACGAUGCACCUUUCGGAAGAUGUAUUAUAGCUUUAACAGAUACCGACAAAGCUAUAUUGCAUUUUGCAUUUGUUGUUAAGGAUGAUAUUGAUGCACUGAAAGAUUUAGAAAAUGAAUGGCCUAUGUCAAAAAUACUAAAAGAUUCUAUUCAAAUGAUAAGUAAUAUUAUGAAAAAUAUUUUUAAUAUGAGCGAUGAAAAAGAAGAGGAAUCAAUAUUGAUACUUCUAAAGGGAACAGAUUUUCAAAUAAAAGUAUGGAAAGCUCUAAUGUCUAUACCAAAAGGUAAAACAACAACUUACGAACAGGUCGCUCAGAUAAUAAACAAACCGAAAGCCGUAAGAGCAGUUGCAACUGCUAUAGGAAAGAAUCGAAUAGCAUAUUUAGUACCAUGUCAUCGUGUUAUGGGAAAAGAUGGUAGUAGUAAAUAUAGUUGUGGAGUCAAAUACAAAGAAAGUAUUUUAUCCUAUGAAAGUAACACAUGUUAAUUUUUAUCAAUUAUAUAAUUUACUUAAUAA